AUGCAAAUUGGUGCAUCGGACGCGGACACGGCUCAGGAAACGGAGGGUCCGUGCAACCCAGUCCCAGAACCUGUUUUCCUCCGUUUUAAAAGUAGAGAGAGGUGCACACUUGCUUCCUUUUCUAUGUCUAUGAACUCUCUACCGGAACAGAAAACAGAGAAUGAAUCAGGGAUGAGAGUUAAAGGGAAAGGCAUCAUGAAGUUAAGUUGUGAAAGCAGUAGUGCCAUUAAAAUGGAGUCUAAUAAGCGAAUCCGUGCAGAUGAUGAUGAUGAUGAUGAUGAGGCUGAGAUGGUGAAACUUCAGACAAGGGUUGAUGAAUUAAAAAAACAAGUGCUUGAUGCAGAAAAUGGAACGCAAGUGGUUGAGGUAGAGAAGCUUCGAACAAGGGUUAGUGAAUUGGAGAAGCAAGCUGAUGAUAGAACUGUUCAAGUGAAGAGAUUGGAAGAAGGUACGAAGGUGAUGAAGAGCAAGUUAGCUUGUUACCUUCGUUUUUGUUGCAACAGGGACGAGAAACAAAGAAAAACAGUGGAUGAGUUGAAAAAAUCAUUGAAUGACAAAACUGAAUGUGUUGAGAGUUUGGAAGAGCUUAACAAAGUCUUAACUGUUAAUGAACAUCGCUACAAUAAUGAGUUACAACGGGCUCGGAAAGGAAUCGGAGAAAUUGCGACUGAUCGAAGUAUGAUUCGGGUGAAGAGAAUGGGGGAGUUGGAUUCGAAGCCGUUUGGGGAUGCUCUGAAAGGCAUUUGUAGCUCAUCUUCUGCGGAACUGGUUACGAAUCAGUCAGUCCUGCUUUGCAAUUUCUGGGAACAGAUGCUUAGAGACCAAGCUUGGCAUCCUUUUAAGAUCACCUUUGUGGAUGGCAAACACAAGGAAUUGAUUGAUGAGGAAGAUAAAUUGUUUAAAGUCUUGAAGAAUGAAUGGGGUGAGAGAGCAUAUUUAGCAGUUGUUAAUGCACUUCUGGAGAUGAACGAGUACAACCCAAGCGGUAGAAAUCCAGUUCAAGAGCUUUGGAACUUCAAGGAGAAUAGGAGAGCUACUGUAAUGGAAGGUGUUGCGGCUCUUGUUAAUCGCUUGAGAAAGUAUAAUAAUCCAACUGGUACUAUGAUUACUUUCAGCAAGUGA